UUUUUUUCAGGCGGUAUUUUCUUGGUCACUGGAAAUACUGAUCACAACAUCAGAAUAUACCAACUGUUAUCUGGUUCUCCUGAGAGAAUCGCCGAAUUAUCUUCACAUUUGGUAUUAGAUCUUCUUACAGAUUUUAUUCUGAAUUUCAUAGAGUACAGUAGAGUCCCGCGAACGAUUAAAGUACGACUAACCACAAAUACGAUUUUUGGUAUGUGUAAUAUUUGGGUCAUUCGAAGAAUAAAUGUAAUAUAUCUUUAUAAUAAAAAAUUCCAUCUUUAUCAACUUUUUCACUGUCAAAGUUUCUGGAUAUGAUGUCAUUAGGUGAAUUGCAAAUUACUUUUCCUUUGUUUUUUGUACCAAAAAUUCACCUAAUGGAACUUUGAUGGUGAAAACGUUGAGGAUGAGGUUUUGUACUAUAAAGAUACAUUACAUUUCUUCUUAGAAUGAUCCAAAUAUUACACAUACAGGUACCAAAAUUUACAUUUAGGGUUAGUCGCACUUUAAGGUUGUAAAGAAACAGCAGCGAAAAUUAAGGUCUUCACAAUGACGCAAAGUGUGGAUUUUUUUGGAAGUAGAAAUGCUUACGUAAUCUUUAUACUUGAAGCAUAAUCAUUCGAAAGAAGCAAAUUGUGUGUUGCUAUGGUAACAAUGUGGCCUAAGAGACAGCAGAUAAAGAUCAAAUUUUGGACGAAAAAUGAAUUUAUUACAAUUUCCUUCGGUCAAAGUUUCUGAAAUUUUGUAGGUGUAAAGAGAAUAUCUAGUGUAAGAUUAUAUCAAAAAAUUAGGGCGGGUUAUAAAUUCAGUUUAAAUGGAGUUAAUGAAAAUUGCCUUGAAUCGUGGACUUUGUAAGUAUUAACGAACAUUUUCUUCAAAUCUUUUUUCAGGAUCAUGUUGAUAGCAUACAGUUUAGUCAUUCAAGUGAAAGGUGUGUAUAGUAAUUGUCGAUGUUAUUUACCUACAGUAUAUUUAAAGAUCCAGUACAGGACAUCCCAUAUUGGUUCAGUUUUACUAAUUUGGUCACCAACCAGUGGUGCCUAAAUUACUUUGAAUUUGUACUCGAGUAAAAGUGGAAGUAAUUAACAAUAGGCAAAACGUACUUAAGUAAAAAGUACAAAGUAUCCUUAAAAAAUACUUGAAGUAAAAAGUAAAAGUACCAUUGUCUGUAGGGGGGGGGGGUCUCCAAUGGAUUGACAUACAAAAGACACAAAACAUCACACACAUUAUAUGCGCGCACCUAUAAUAUACAAUAUUUCGCGGCAUGGUCUACUUUCCAGACCCCGUUGAAGAUAUAAGAAAUUCCUUAAAUAAAUAAUGCUUAUAAGGAAGCCACAAACGAGAGAUCCCAGACGCAUGUAGAGGUCCUAUUACAUAUCCCAAAAUUAAAAUAAAUCCCGAAUAAAUCUCGUAAAAUUAAACAAAAGUUAGAAAGAAACGAAAUACUUUGCCACAAAAUGAAAAUAACGAAGUGAAACGUUGCUUCUUAAAACGACUUCGUUCGAAGUAAAAGUACUCCAGAAAAAGUUUACUUUGUUACAUGCUGACUUCUCAAAAAUAGUACUCAAGUACAUUUACUUCGUUAUUUGACACAACAUGCCUGUAGAUUUUAUUUGGGGGUAGCCAAUCUUCAAAUGGAGCAGUGACGUUACUUUGUGCUAAAGGGCCCCCGGCUUAAACUGGAAUAGGGCCGUUGGUCCUGCCCCAGAUAGUGUCAUUCCUUAGCCCCCGUAUACUUUUACAGAUUUCUCAGCGGUUCAAAAGAUGGAACAGCAAGGAUUUGGUAUUACCAACGUUCUGAAUGGAAGAGUUUCGUAUUAAACAGCCAGCAACAGUUAGCAGGGUACGUACAAUAUGAUUAGAAGGUAUCGAUAAUUAUCGAUAUACCACAACAGCCUAAUUGUAACAAUUUUUCCUGACGUAUAGAUCAUCACCGUUCCGAGACGAGGAUACGAACAAGAUUACAAAAAUACGGGUGACCAUGGUACGAAAAUUGUAUAAAUGUCUGCUAUUUUGAAAGAUAUUGGCAAUAAAAAAUUAGUUUAGGGAGUGUUCAUUAUUUAUAGCCGGGGUUGGUACUGAAGAGAAACUAAUCGAAAAGAGAAAAAAACGACCACCCACCCUUUCGGUCAACCAUUUUUUUCCCUACCCAACUAUUGCAUGACUUGGAUUUUUAUUUUACCCAACCCAAUUUCAAAAUUAUACAAGUAUUUUACAUACAUACAUAUAUAUUAUUAUACAAGCUAGGCCACUAUAGUAUAAACAGUAUAUGCAUAUUUGGUGCACUAACUGAAUGUCAAAUAUAAUCAUUUGUACCUUCACAAGUUCAUAUUAUGUUCCCAAGCCUCCAAGUUUCUGCAGUCCUACUAUGUCUCGUUGUUGUAAUCAAAGGGGAUGGGGAGUUGGGGUUUAGUUUUCUAUGUGCAGAAUGAAUGGAUAUUUCCUGGAAUGACCCAUUUUGUUAAAUAAAGGAUUUUCGUAUUUUGUUCUAUUGAAGCUUUGUAUUGAAAAUAAUUUACCCAACCAUAGGCUUUGUUCAAAAAAUAUUUACCCAACCCUUCAUACCCCAGAAAAAUGGCUUACCCAACCCAAAUCUCUUCGGUAUCAACCCCGGGUAUAAAUAAUGAACACUCCCUUAGACUUCAGUUCAUUUGAAAGAACUCUUAAAACUAUAUAUUAAACUUUACUAAAGAUUGUUUAUAUCUUGCUUAGUUUUCUAAAUAUUUCGACUGAAAAAAGUGAGCUGUUCGCCAUCUUGUAUUAUUGAGGAUAUGCAUGUUACGUCAAGAGAGGGGUCACGCUAAUUUUUUUAUAUUGAAAGUAAACGAUCAAAUAUGGGUCCAAAACUUCGUUUCUGGUUGCUGUCUGAAAUUUAGAAAUUAUUAAAAACAUGUCAAACAAUUUUGGAAUGUUACUCGGUCAUAGUUUAAUAUGGUUAACCCAACUCCUGACGUCAUCAAAACCAUAGUUAAUGAGGUCAAGAAUUAGUCCAAGAUGGCGGAAAGCUCAUUAAUUUGGGUCUAAAUAUUUCGAGAACUAAGCAAGAUAUGACAAAUCGGUAAUAGAGUUUAAUAUAUAAUUUUAAGAGUUCUUUUGAAUGAGACAAACUAAUUUUUUUAUUGCCAAUCUCCUUUAAACACAUUGACUGUUCAAAUAUUGUAUUCUGAUCAUGACUGUGUGUUCGUUAGGUGGGCUGGGAUUUGUCAGAUCAGUUUGUAAUCACGGCCAUAAAUGAUCACAGUGUCAAAGUGUGGGAAUCUAAAACUGGCAAGCUCAUUUAUGUUCUCAAGGUACUACGUUUGUUAUGAAUUGUAUAAUUAUCAUUAAUUUGUAUAUAAAUCCGUCAAUCAUCUUAAUUUAUUGGACGUAAAGGAAUAUGAACUUUAUUUCAGAGUCAUCAUGAUGAGAUCUUUAUCAUUGAAGCCCACCCAACCAACCCACAACUUCUCCUGACUGCGGGCCAUGACGGUUACAUAAUUUUGUGGAAUCUGACUGUUGGAAAGAUCGUCAAGAAGUUUUAUAACUCGGUGAGUAAACGAUGGUUGAUGUUUAACCUCCGCACGCUAGAAACGUACAUUGUAUUUCAUUUUUUGGCACUGAAUUUCGAAAAUUGCCAAUCACGAUUGAGAAAUUUUUCAUGUAUAUUAUUAUUAUUAAAGUGCUUAUGACACGAAAUUUCACCCCAAAGGUUUAUGGUUGCAUCGUAAAGAUCACUUAAAAUGAUUUAAUAAAUUCUUUUAUAGAAUUUUGGUAACUUCUUCCCUUUUCAAGAUAUUCAACUUUGUUUCAUAUGCAAAUAUCACCGGUGUGACAUCACAUCACAUCACAUCACAUAAUGAGUUUUCAGAAACGUAUAGUUUUCUUGACGAAUAUACGUAUUUAAACAACUUAAAAAUUUCCCUUGUAUAUGUAUCAAUUUUAUAACUGGUAAUUACCCCUCUGUAUUUGUUUCUAAAAAUAUUUUAUCAAGGUAAAAUAUUGCGUUUUCAAAAUGUCAUUAUGCGAUGUGAUGUCACACCGGUGAUAUUUGCAUAUGAAACAAAGUUGAAUAUCUUGCAAAGGAAGCAAGUUACCAAAAUUCUGGCACUUUAAAGUACUCUAUGACAGCCACAAUUUUUUACUGUAUAUAUCUAGUGACUUUACAAUUUAUAUAUUCAAAUUUUCUUAGCUUGAAGGACAAGGUCAUGGCGCAGUUUUCGACUGUAAGUUCUCACCAGAUGGCCAAAGGUUUGCGACGACUGACAGCCAUGGGCAUCUUGCUAUUUACGGAUUUGGUUCCAGCGAGCCAUAUCAAAAGGUUUGUUUCGAUAUUCAGUGUGACAGUAUCUUCUCCUAUAUUUGUCGUGGUUUUACAAGAAAUUAGCUAACUUUUUAGCUUGCCAUUUUUAGGUUCCAGGAGAACAGUUCUUCCAUUCCGAUUAUCGUCCUGUGAUGAGAGAUAUCAAUAAUCACGUCCUGGAUGAACAGGUACGUCAGGUUUUUGGCAAACGUUCAGCUAGACAAAUUCAAAAUCUCACGGCUUGUCAUUUGUCAACAAGAUGUGUUCGCAAUGCUUGUUCCCAGUUGUUGACAAGUCUGGAACAAGGUUGACAGGGUCAACAGACUCGAAACAAAUUGUUCCAACAAGUCUGAUAUCGUCUGCACGUAACAAGUUGUUAACAAUUUCAUGACAAGAAUCUCGUAGCAACUUGUUACGAACAGUCUGUAUUAGUCUUCUAGCAAGACUGUUGCUAUCAUCAACCUUGUAACAAGGUGAUAACAACUUGUAUAACUGUAUAACGAACGAAAGUUUAUACACAAAUAUUUGACCUAAAGUUUGCGAAAAAUGCAACUUUAGGCCUUCAAAAAUCCCAUCUAUAUUCCGUUUUAUCGAACUUCUCGCCUAUUCUUCUCCACAGAGCCUUGCGAAUUUUUAGUCAAAUACGUAAUAUUAGUAUAUGGCUUUUCAAAAAAUUCUCUAUUCUGAUUGGUUGACAAGCGGUCCGUAAAAACCCAUAUCCGGACCGUGGUCCGUAUUUUCCGUAUCUGGACCUGUGUCCCGGAUGUCGUUUAUCUGGCGGGAAAUUUUUAAUUUUCCAAUUGUGCUUUAGUGCUUUACCUGUAAAACAAAAUUGUUUUUGAUCGAGCAUGCAUGCCUACCGUAUAUUGUUACCCAGUGAAACUGACGAUAGCCGAUUUAAUUCGCGCGAAAAGCAUAUGCUCACAGACUCAGUUCAACCGAUUAUUGAACUCGCUUGUUCGGUCUGUACUGUGAAAUAUCAGACCUCUGUUUUUUGUAUGGACCUCGCUCCUUCGUCGCUCGGCCCAUACUAAAAAAACCUCUGUCUGAUAUUUCACAGUACAGACCUCACGCUCGGUCAAUAAGCCGUUAUUAUACUGGGCAAACAAAUUACGUAGUUGCACUAUCAUAGUGAUUUCAUAAUGUCAUCAUCAUAAAUCAUAGUGAUUUCCUUUGUCUUUUUGUUCAUGAAUAAUUAUUGAGUUUUUAAACCACAAUAAGUAAUUUUACCCUGAGCGGAGAAGAGUGCGAGACGCCCAAAAUCUUAAUCAUUUCCUCUAUUAAGUCUAGAUUUUUUUCAGACUCAAACAGCUCCCCAUCUCAUGCCCCCACCGUUCCUGGUCGAUGUUGAUGGUAACCCGCACCCAGUCUUCUAUCAACGCCUCAUACCAGGACAUAGCAGUAAUAUACGAUCUCGACGUCAUGUAGUCACCAGUCCUCCUCAUGUGCCAGCCUCUCCUAUGCCACCGCUGUUAGCUCGAAUAGAAGAGUUCGAACGCGGAGCUGCAUUUCCAGAUCCUGAAGGUAACACGCUUACCACGUCUGUUUUAUCUUGCGCGUAAAUGGCAGUCAUUUACUGGGUGCCCCCCCCCCAAAAAAAAAACCCCCAAAAAACUAUACACUGUUUGAUUUAAAAUGGAAAUUGCUAGAUAGUACACUUCAAAAUAAGGUUUCCGUUUUUAUAUCAUUUUUUUAAAUAGGUUAGGGUUAGGGUUAGGAUUAAGGUUAGUAUUAGGGUUAGGGUUUAGUUUUGCGUUAGGAUGGUUUUUUCUACGUUAUAAAAACGGGAACCUUAUUUUGAAGUAUACUAUCUAGCAAUUUCCGAUUUAAAAUAGCAGGAAAAUCAGAACAGCCAUUAUGGUCAAAUGAAUUUUACGGUACCCAGAAAGGGCUAACUUAAAUUUUGAUAUGUUACAAUAGGAUUUUCAUGCAAUAUUAACUGAGGUAUCAAUAUUUUAAGUUUUUGACAAUGCUAAGAAUUUGCGUAAAAUGACCUAUUAAUUUAAAUUGUAUCUGCAUUGAUAAGCAUGCCAUAUCGCUUUAGUUGUUUCAAAUAUCAAUAUUUUGUCAACUGAAAAAGCUUGUCCUAAAGUGCAUUUGCCUGGCAGGAAAGAUUCUGUAUCGGUCACCAAAGAAUAUUCGAUAAUUAUUUUUCGUAGGUGUUUGUCAUUUCCUUGUGCAUUAAUUCCCAAAGUUAAGAAAUAUGGACAAAAUCGUAAAGUCUCUGGCUUGCGAAGUUGCAAAAUUGUAAAUUUAAUAGGAAAUAAUUUGAAAUUUAAGCUGGCUUCAAUGAAAUACUCGAUAAUCACGAACGAAUGGCAUAUUGUCUCAUUCAAUCCUACUUCAUUUUCUUUGUUCUUUAUAGUACUUCAGUCUCCACCCCCCGGCCAGAAUGCGCCAUCACUAGCCAGUCCGGGGGUAGGCAGUCGUAACAGAGGCCUGCUUCAGGAUGGUGAUAUCGAAGGAGUGAGACAACUGAAUGUUAAUAUCCCGAUCAUACAAGACGCAACAGAGGCUGAUACCAAUGCAUGGAGAAACAGAACUAUCGUACCCAAGUUGAAGGAAAGCGAAGCUAAGUAUGUACUGAAUUACAAAAAUAUUUAACUGCACGGGAUGGAUCUACACUGUUAACCCCCCCCUCCCCCCCCCGUAAGUUUACAGUAAAAAAGUACUGGUAGUUGGGACGCCAGAGAAUGUACUGUAAGUUUACGGAGACCUUCCUGUCAAACACACGUCAGAUUUCUUUUGAAAGUCCAUUAUACUAUAAUUUACGAUUACAGUAUACUUACUGUAAAAAAUAACAGUACAUUAUUCGGUAAAAAACAGAUAUUUGUAACAGUGUAGCCUCAUCUGCAAGGAGGGGUGCAGGUUUUCCAUGGGGUGGUGCAUGAGGGAGCCUUACUGCCCACUCUCCUCUGCAGUCUGCAACGCUACUAUCGUAACAUUAUCUGCAUGUUCGCCGUUCUGUUACGUUUUACAUUAUCUUUUGAGCAUUAAGUUUAUAUAGGCUUUUUAUCACGUAUGAUAUUAAACUAUAAAGCAUUCUGAGUAUUUUCUCAUGAGCUCACAAAUCAAUUAAAUCGUUUCAAGAAAUCGCUAACAGUAGAAGUUCCGCUAAUCGCUAUUCGAAAAGCAGAAAAUGUAUGGUCAAGCAGAUUUUCUUAGGGUGGUGCUGGACUUCUCUAGGGUGUGGACUUCUCCUAGUGUUGGCAAGAAAAGGGGGCUAGAGGGGGAUGCCAAUUCCCCUAUUAGGUCCAUUAUUGAUGAUAUGCAUUUCCUUGCAGUGCCUGUAACUUUCUUCCAAUGAUUUUCAGAUGGGAUGAGGAAAGGCGAGUUUUAUUAGGACGACAGGAAUUGCUCAGAUAUUUGAGAGAGAAGAAGAAGCGACCGUUACCCUCGACGUCAAGGGUUUGUAUUUCCUACUUGCAUUUUCACUCACUGUAUAAUAAAAAUCGGACAGUUUUUCUUUGGAGCAAGAUCCUUUAUGAAGAACAGUUCAGAAUUGAUAGAGCUAAAUCAAGUAUAAAUGAAGUUGAUUUAGGUACCGGUGACACCGGUCCCUAUUUUUAGCGGGGAUAGCACCGAAGAGGAAUGUUUUUCUUGGUAAAACGUUUGCUGAUUCAACCAUUACAGUGAAAAGUCAAAACAUUUUUAGCCAACCUUCAAAUAUCAAUUAAAAAAUAAAUACCCACCCCUGGCCAAAAUCUGUACAAAAAGAUGCCAUUCAGUUGUCACACAUGUCCUUUACCACUUCUGUGAGAUGAGUUUGAUAACUGCUUGUGAAAUUUUCUGCAGUCUAAAGUUUCAUGUUGUCUGCACAUGUACUUUCUUUGGAGACACCAUUUGCCUCCUGACAAAUGAAACAAAAGACAAUGACUCUGAUUGAUUGACAUAUUAUAUUGACAAAUGACUGUUGACACUUUAGUCUUCAAUAUUUGAGUGAGUCAUGUUUUGGAAAUGACAAUAAAUUUUUAUUACCCAACCUUGAGUUGUUUUGUUUUACAUUUACCCAACUAUUUACUCACUCGUUGACUCACUCUUUUCACAUGAGUCCGUAGCUAGAAUCGAACCCUAGUGAUUUUAGUUUCCUCCUGUAGUAAUACUGAACUUGCAUGCAUGAAUCCCUAGAGAGAACAGUUUGGAACUUAUAGAACUAUAAGUGAAACUUAAUUCCAUUGAAUAUGUAAUUGAAUGUUUCAAAUGUAGUCUGUGAGUCAAACUGACAAGAAAGCAGAGAGAUUCCUGCGCAGUCGUGCUCGUGCCAAGAAUCGCCGUGAUCGUCCACGUGCAAGCGAACCACGUCCGGUAUACAACACACGUGCAGCAGCAAACACGGAGAGUGACGUUGAAGAGUCUGGGGACGAGGAAGUCUCGAUCUUACCGAGUGAUAGUGAUGAUGAUGAUGUACCUUGGCACAGUAGUAGCAGGUGGGAUUAUCUCAUAUAUACAUUACUUGGGUCGAUUGUACGAAGGCUGUAUAGCGCUAUCCACCCGAAGGUGAUUUUAUCAACCUCUCUACAAAUGCUUGUAAAGCUGUGAAACAUAUGGACCUCACGAUUAGGGGUGGAUCUAGCCUCAUCUGCAAGGAGAAGUGCAGGUUUUCCAAGGGGUGGUGCAUGAGGGAGCCUUACUGCCCACUCUCCUCUGCAGUCUACAACGCUACUAUCCCAACAUUACCAUUAUUUGAGAUCGCCGAAUCUGCAUGUUCGCCGUUCUGCUACGUUUUACAUAAUCUUUUGUUUAUAAAGUUUAUAUCGGUUUUUUAUCACGUAUGCGUGACUGGACAGUUGCUGUAGCACAGUACAGUAUACUUGCUUGUUAAAGUACAGUAUAUUUGAAAAAUAUGGCUAUAUAACAACCUCGACCAUGAUAUCUAACAAAAGCAUUUUGGAUAUUUUCUCGUGAGCUCACAAAUCAAUUAAAUCGUUUCAAGAAAUCGACACUCGCUAACAGUAGAAGUUCCUCUAAUCGCUUUUUGAAAAGCAGAAAAUGUAUGGUCAAGCAGAUUUUUUUAGGUUGGUGCUGGACUUCUCUAGGGGGAUGCUAGACACUACUAGGUGGGGUGCGCACCCCCUUGUACCCCCGCGGUAUAUCCGCCCCUGGUUUAGUUUUUUAGUUUGGUUUAAUUUGUAAAUCUUUGAUGUAAUUUGUAAAUCUUUCAUGAACAGUAUGUUUUAAUAAUCAAUAAUUGAACUUGCAGUGAAACAAGUGAAUAUUCAGACUGGACAGAAGAGGUAGGAAUGAACACGAGACAACAAUCGGAAAGCCAACGACCGAGUCGCCGAGUUCGGCGUGUCAUCAGCUCGAGUGACGAGGAAGGAGAGACGUCCACACGACCAACUAAACCUGUUAAGAAAGAAAACGAUCGACCAAAAAAGGCACCCAAGAAAAAGAAAAAGAAGGUUGGAGAUUAAUGCACCAGCCAAGGGUUUAUCACCCCACCCC